ACUUAAUGGUCUUGGCACCCUUGUUGAAAACCAAUUGACCAUAAAUAAUAUAGGUUAUCAUUUUUUUAACCAUUUCUGUAUGUUGGACAUUUAGGUCAUUUCCAGAUUUUUGUUUUUCUAAAUUAUCCUGUGUUAAACACAGCAUAACAAGCAUAAAGCCUUUUCUGUUUUUGAAGUUAUUUUGGUAGAAAGUGUUCUCAGAAGUGAAAUUACUGGGUCAAAGAUGAAAUGAGUGUGUUUUGGAGCUCAUUGAAUGAGGCAUUAAACCUUUAAUGUCAAGAUGUUAAGAGCAACAGAAUGCUUCUUUAUUCAUCAGUUGCUAUAGCUUAAGGGCUGGAUUUCUAUAAAAACCUUUUGCUGUAAGAUGGAUGGAUUCUCUAUUUAUUAUUCUUUCUUGACUGCUUCUAAAAGACUUAAAUCUAGAGUGAAAAACUUUAACACCAUGGGCAAACAGAACGUGUCAUAGUUUCCUAAAUGGUAUAAAGAAAAAAAAGUGUCUUCACAUGCAGUAGGAAAAUAAAAGUCAGAGAACUGGGGUCAGGAUUUAGACCUUAAAUCAGUGCCUUGAAAGUCCGUGGAGCAAAAACGAUGUUUUAUUCUGAGUUUCUUUUCUGAACUCGAUAAUCAGGUUAAUUUGCAUUCAUCUUGGUCUCAGAGAUGGCUAACUUAAAUCUGUGUUUAGUAGAUAGUACCUGGUUAAAAAAAAAAUCAAAUGCAAAAGGCUAUUAGGAGAAAAUCAAGUUUCCUUUUCAUUUCGUCCCUCUGUCUCCUAGUUCUCCUUAGAGGUAUCCAUUGUACUAUUGUUACUUGUGUUUGUAUAGACUAGUUCAUACAUAGAGUAUCUCUGGAAAGAUAGUAUAUACAAAAUUAUACAUUUUAAGGCUUAUGAUACUUCCUGACAAAUUUCUUUUCAAAAUGGUUACUUACAUCAGUUUAUGAUGGCAGUCUAGUGCUAGUUAGGAAGAUUCCAUUUUUGUUUAUAUUUCUGUGACUAUUGUUUCCUUAAUAUUGGAUAUCCAGUUUAUAUUUUCUCUUGUGUGUAUUGUCUGCUCAUGUCUUUUGGCAUGCUGUUCAUUUUGAUUGGAGUUGUCCUUUAUGAGAUUUAUUUUGGCAGCCUUUUGUAGUUGGUUGUUUUACAAUAGUCUGAAUUUGGGGAGAAAAGUUAAAAUGAUGUUUGUAACAUUUAUUCUAAGAGGUAUGUGAGCUGCACAAGGAUGGAGGCAGUAGGGAAAAGGAAGUUAAAUGCUUGAGGGAGAAAUUUACAAGAUUUGGAAAGUGGGUGCAGUUCAAGAUGACUUCAAGGUGAAUUAGAAAAGGAUUAGUGUUAUUAAAAAUGAGAAGUUAUGUGUAAAGAACUAGAUUUCUGUGGAAAAAUGAGAUUGUUUUGGGUAGGUUAAGAGUGAAGAGGAUCCAGGUUGAGCUAAGCUAUCCAGGAGACUUGUGGCUAGAGCUCAAGAGACAGAAGAUAAAGAGUUACAAAUAAUCUGAUUUCCUGAGAGAGGAUUGUUUUGAAAGGUUGUAGUGGAUGAAAUUGCUGAAGGAGAUAACUUGAGAAUAGGCCUGUGGACAGGGAGUCAUGUAAGAGGACAAUGUUGGGAAGGGCCAGAGGGUUCAUGAAGAGCUGGGAUGGUAGGUUGGCAUGCCUUCCAAGAAGAGCGGGAGGAAUCUAGAGAACAAAGGUUGCAAGCAGCAGAGUAAGAAAAGGUCAUUAGGUUUGGUAACUUGGAAAAGAUACACUUAUAGGAAAAGAUUCAGUUGAUGGGAAGCAGGAAAUUUCUUUUUCCCAAACAGCUUUAUUAAGGUAUAAUUCACUUAUCAUAUAAUUUAUCCACUUAAAGUAUGCAACUCAGUGGUAUUUAGUAUAUUCAGAAUUGUGCAACCAUCACCACAAUCAAUUUUAUAACAUUUUUAUUGCCACCAAAAGAAAGCCUGCCCCCAUUAGCAGUCACUCUCCAAUUCCCCUUUGGCUUCCCAGCCCAAGGCAACAAUUAAUCUACAUUCUGUCUCUUUAGAUUUGCCUACUCUGGACAUUUCACAUAAAUGGAAACAUACAGUAUGUGGCCUUUUAUGUCUGACUUCUUUCACUGUUUUCAGGAUUCAUUCAUGCCAUAGGUAAUUCCUCUCCUGCAAUUACUUUUGGUUGAAAGUAUGCACUUUUCCAAAUAGAAGAUGGUAAUCUCGGAGAAUGACCAUGGAGAAGGGGAUGAGUUCUGGAGAAGGGCUGCCUUCCAGAUCAUCUCAGGUUUCGGCUGUUAAAAUAACAGUCAAAGAGUUGGAAACAAAGCAGUCCCAUAAGGAGAAGCGAGGGGGCUUUGUGUUGGUACAUGCAGGUGCAGGUUAUCAUUCUGAAUCCAAAGCCAAGGAAUAUAAACAUGUAUGCAAAAGAGCUUGUCAGAAGGCAAUUGAAAAGCUACAGGCUGGUGCUCUUGCGACAGAUGCAGUGACUGCAGCUCUGGUGGAACUUGAGGAUUCUCCUUUUACAAAUGCAGGAAUGGGAUCUAAUCUAAAUCUCUUGGGUGAAAUUGAGUGUGAUGCCAGCAUAAUGGAUGGAAAAUCCUUAAAUUUUGGAGCUGUUGGAGCACUGAGUGGAAUCAAGAACCCAGUCUCAGUUGCAAACAGACUCUUGUGUGAAGGGCAGAAGGGCAAGCUCUCUGCUGGCCGAAUUCCUCCCUGCUUUUUAGUUGGAGAAGGAGCCUACAGAUGGGCAGUAGAUCAUGGAAUACCCUCUUGCCCUCCUAACAUCAUGACCACAAGAUUCAGUUUAGCUGCAUUUAAAAGAAACAAGAGGAAACUAGAGCUGGCAGAAAGGGUGGAAACAGAUUUCAUUCAACUAAAGAAAAGAAGACAAUCAAAUGAAAAGGAGAAUGACUCAGGCACUUUGGACACAGUGGGCGCUGUAGUGGUGGACCAUGAGGGGAACGUUGCUGCUGCUGUCUCCAGUGGAGGCUUGGCCUUGAAACACCCAGGGAGAGUUGGACAGGCUGCUCUUUAUGGAUGUGGCUGCUGGGCUGAAAAUACCGGAGCUCAUAAUCCCUACUCCACAGCUGUGAGUACCUCAGGAUGUGGGGAGCAUCUUGUGCGCACCAUACUGGCCAGAGAAUGUUCACAUGCUUUACAAGCUGAAGAUGCUCACCAGGCACUGUUGGAGACUAUGCAAAACAAGUUUAUCGGCUCACCUUUCCUGGCCAGUGAAGAUGGUGUGCUUGGGGGAGUGAUUGUUCUCCGAACUUGCAGAUGUUCUGCAGAGUCUGACUCCUCCCAAGAUAAGCAGACACUUCUAGUGGAAUUUCUGUGGAGCCACACGACAGAGAGCAUGUGUGUUGGAUAUAUGUCAGCCCAGGAUGGGAAAGCCAAGACUCACAUUUCAAGACUCCCUCCCGGUGCAGUGGCCGGACAGUCCGUGGCAAUUGAAGGUGGGGUUUGCCGCCUGGAGAGCCCGGUGAACUGACCCUUCAGGCUGAGCACGAAGCGUCCGAGAGGCAUUUCAGAGCCUGAGCUUUGCGGGGUUUUUAACUGAAGUUGGAUGUUUUAUCUUCGCCAUUUUAUAAUUCCUCUUGCAGCCUCGUGCACCGCUCACGACACUAGUGCUGCUGGGGUGAGCGCUUAGUGACAUGCGGGUCUUCGGCGGGUGAGCGGGACCGAGUGUGCACGUGUGUGCACGUGUGUGUGCGUGUGUGUGCAGUGCGUGCGCUUGCUUCUCCCUCGGUGAAAUACAAACUCCUUGUGUAACCUAAGACCGGGAAUGAUUAAAUCACCUUUACAAAACGUGUGCUUUACUGUUUACAAGUAAAACCUGAAGUUGCAAAGGAAACAUUUUUGAUUUCAUGCAGAGGUCCCAGCUGUCGUUGGUGUAACGUAGCCGAGCUAAAACGUCAGUCUACUUGUUUCAAUGAUGUGACAGUGGUAGUGCCCCAUUUAAUAACAGUACUAAGUGAUACAGUGUUUUUAUUUGUUAACCAGUUUAAGUGGAUCUUGUGGUAACUUAAACUGUUAUUCUCAUCCCUCAUAUGGGGCAUUUUUCUUUAACAAAGAAUGGUUUCAGUGAAACAAUCUAGCAGAGAAUUAAGGUCAGAACCUUUUUAAAUAAUAGUCUUAUUGAUAAAGUUUGUACUUCUUUCCUCAAGCUUUUCUAAGCUUAAAUACUGCAUAUCUUCAAGCUGUAUGUACUAUAUUAUGAGAGAAUAUGUAAAGAGAACAUACAGGAAUGCACAGUCCUUAAUUUGUGUAUAAUGGAAUGUUAUUUACAAUGUAACACUGUAAAUAAGAAAGCAAAAUUUAUGGGAAAAUUCAAUAUUAUCUUUGUUUCUUGUUUAAAUAUAUUUUUAAGAUAAAGGCACAAAAAUAAAAGAAGCAUAUUACUGGGUAUAGUGUGUGACUCCUCUUCUCAGACUAAUAAAUUAUCUUUUGAAUCCUAGA